AUGAGUACAUUCGAUGGUUUUAUCCCCGAAAUCCCUGGUAUAUCAGUAGACAAAUUUCUGCCCCAAAAUCUCGAAUCCUCCUUAUUUUUUCUAUCCCAUUGCCAUCAAGAUCAUAUGGUAGGACUCAAAGAAGCCUCAGAAGACACCGUCGACUUUCCUGGGAAAUUAUAUGCAAGUCCUAUAUCAGUUGUGUUUUUAAAACAACAAUUUCCUAGACUUGCAGACCAUUUAGUCGAAUUAGACAUAGGACAUUCUAAAUUAAUUCAUUUAUUAAAUGAUGGUCAAGAUGAAUCUCUGUAUGUUACCGCGCUGCCUGCAGGACAUUGUCCAGGAUCCGUGAUGUUUCUAUUUGAAACGAAUACCUUUAAAAUUUUAUACACAGGAGACAUAAGGUUGUCUGUAGGUUCAUACAAAAAAAUGCAAAGACUGCAUACUGCCCAAGGCACACCCAAAAUAUUCAACAAUAUUUAUUUAGAUACAACAUUUUUUGAUAAGGAUUACAAGUAUUUUCCAUCACAGUUUGAAAGCUUUGAAGAAAUUUUUAGGAUAUCAAAUAAAUGGUUAAAAUCAAACAACAAAAAUAUAGUUCUAUUACAAUUACCUGCAAAGUAUGGAUCUGAAUUUGUAUUUAUUGAACUAGCGAAAAGGACAUCUAUGCCGAUUCAUGUAUCACAGGAUUUAUUUGAUCAAUAUAAAUAUAUAUCAGAAAUAGACAAAUCGGUCACAUUAGAUGCAUCAGUUACAAGAAUUCAUGCAUGCCAGUAUAAUAAAUCAUGUGAGGAUUAUCAUGAAGGUAGUAAUAAGAUUAAAUUGCUUAUUAAACCAUCUGCAAUGUUUUGGAAGAAUUUGCAGAAGGAUAAACCAAUCUCAAAUAUAAAUAAGAACUGUGUACGAGUUUGUUACUCUAGUCAUGCAAGCUUUCAAGAAUUACAAGAUUUUUUAAAUUAUUUUCAACCAAAGACUUUUACUCCUUGUGUAGUUUUACAAAAGUAUGAGUUUGCAGAUUUAGUUAAUAAAGUAUUGUUUGAAAUAAGUAACAAACAAACAAAGAAAAACCAAACUGAUUUGUACGAAGUGGGACAAGAA